GCGCAGCCCGCCCCGUGCCCGCAGCGCCCGCCUCGCAGCGGGGCGCGGCCUGCACUAAGCGCGGCGCAGCGCGCACCCCGGCCGCUGUCCCACGUGACGCGGAAGCGGCGGGCGUGGAGCUCUACCCCCCGCGGGAAGUGAGGUUGGCGGAGCCGCCCCCGCUGCGGAAAGGCGGCAGCUUCGGUGCUGCGCGGAGCGGGGCAGAGGACGGGAUGGUGGGGGACGGCGAGGAGCGGGCUCCGCCGCUCGCCUUCGAGCUGAAGCACAGGCGGAAGAGCCCCCGGUUCUCGGAGGAGGCCGAGGCCGAGCCCGACUCCGGUGGGGCGCCGGAGGGAGGCGAGCGGGCUUUCGGCAGCCUGACGCGGCCCCCGAUCCGCGCCUGCAGGGCGGCAGGUGAUUCUUCAGCUUCCUUCCUUGCAGAGAGCCCAGCAAAGGAAAAGGCAAAUGAUUAUGAUGUAAUUGAACCCAAGAAACCAGCAGGGGAUCAGCCAAAUGUUUAUAUGCCAUUAAAAGAAAAUAAGGCUGACUUCCUUGAGAAAACUCAAGCGCAUCAUUCUACAAAAUCACAGAGCAGAAAUAAAUUCCGAGAUCAGCCCAGCACAGGGAAGCAGUCACAGCACCUGCCCAAAAAGGAUGGAUCACAAAGUGGAUUUCACAAUGGAUGGACUUUGUUACUUGUUCUGUUAAUUACUGUCUCAUUGAUUUCCAUCCUGUGGAUUAAAAUACUAAGCCCUCCAGAUACAACUUUGUCAAGUAGAAAUACUCAAAUUCUGCAAGCAUUUCGGGCCCGGAUGAAGAAACUCAGAAAUACAUACCAAAGUCAGGACCCCAACCUGUGGAAAAGAACCCAUGUGUUCCUUGAGAAGCACCUCAAUACUUCCCAUCUGCAUUUGGAGCCAGCCAUCUUACUGCUCACAGCUGGCCAAGAAGCCGAGAAAGCACUGAAGUGUCUUAGUGAUGAGAUUGCCAAUGCUUUUGCAUUCUCCCAGAAUGCUACUACAAUCAAAAUUAACGGGGCAGACAAAGCCAUAUUGGAUAGCGACGUUGUUAAGCUGGAGGUAGAUGAUGAGCUCAGCUCGGGGUUCAGAGAAGGCAAGAAGGUAGCAGUGGUGCAUCGUUUUGAGUUACUGCCUGCAGGCUCCACCUUGAUCUUUUACAAGUACUGUGACCAUGAAAAUGCAGCAUUUAAGGAUGUGGCUCUUCUGCUGACAGUUCUCCUGGAUGAGCAGUCGCUGACAAAAAGUCUCACCUUGCAAGAAGUUGAGGAGAAGGUGCGGGAUUUCCUUUGGACCAAGUUCACUAGUUCAGAUGUUCCUAGUUCUUUUAACAGCAUAGAUACAGAUAAGCUGAGUGGACUGUGGAGCCGUAUCUCUCAUCUUGUCUUGCCUGUUUGGCCUGAAAAGAGCCUCCCUAUGGAAGGAUGCACAAAACAGGAUUUAGAGUGGCCUUCAGAAAAGAGGAAGACAGAAAAUGUGUUAUGAUGGCUGAACAGGCAAGAACUAUGGCUACUGAGCUCAGACACACACAGUUCUUUCUGUGCAAAGAAACUUCAUCAAGUGGCAGGGUUGCUUCUGCUAGAGUAGCUGUGACUGGGACUCUGAACAAGAACUGCAGGAUGCAAGCAAGGAACUUGCUAGUUUUUGGUAAGUUGUCUUCAGUAACUUACUCAGGUUUGGUGUCUUGGAGUUAGAAGCAAGUGUGUGCCACCGCAGAACCGCUCAUCUGCUUGUGAAGUUGUCUUGGUGCACUGUUGGCUUUGCUCCGAAGAUCCUUUUCUGCUGGUAGGUAAAGCUAGUAUCAUGUGUGAUAAGGUAAUGAGAUGUAAAAACAUCACCUUCAUUGGACAUAACGUACCUUCCUUGUAAUACAUUACAAAUGAUGAUAAAGUGACAUGAAUCCAUCUAAUCGCAGCAUAGAUGUCAGCUAUCUCUGGAGACUUCUUGAAAUGGCAGAAUUGCUCGAGAGAUAUGUGACUUGUAGUGAAUCUUUCAGCAAGCAUUUCUGCCUUAAAUGAGCCUGCCCUGACCAGUUUGGAGAAUGAGAAAAGCUGAAGUACAACGUAUUAGCUUGACACUAGCAGUAGAUGUUAGUUCAGUGAUCCCUCAGCACCUCUUUGCAUCACUGCUUCAGAAGUUCUGCAAAUCUGAAAAUUUGGAGAGAAAUGAAAAAUGUCUACUAUGCGUGUACUAAAUGUGUUACAUUUACUUUUCAAAUAAAACCUUAGAAAGACAUAAUUAUUUCUCAUCUUAAUAAACUGAUAAUUAUUUUUGCAUUACAAGAAUGUAUUUAUUUGUGGUACCCUGUAAACUAGAAGACGAAUCUUUUUUUCAUGUGUCUGUGUAUAGCCUGGUGCUUGCUGCAUAAGCUUUUAGUGAAGAACAGGUUUGCAAUGCAUGUUUUUAAAAUACAUCUUUAGAGUGCCUCCUGCCAAGAAUCCCUCUCACCAGACUAAAAACAUGUAUGUCUUUCUGUUGUAAAUAGUUUUUGUAAAAAAAAAAAAAAAAAAAAAAAAAAAAAAAAAAGGUGAAUGGCAGCACUUCCAUUUCAUUACUAUUCGUGUUUGCUGUUGAACCAUUGGUCUAUGUGUAUUCAGUUUUGAGUAUGAAGGAAUGUGUGAAUACUGCUCUCAAAUUAAUACGACAUUUUCUUAUAACUGCUGAGAGCUUAGUGGUUCUUGGGCCCAUCCUUUACUCACAAGUCCCCUAAGCUGUCAUGUUGUCAGCACAUUCUUAACCAGGAGAACAUCCCGGAAGUGCUGGAGCUUCUGGCUUCUUAGUGCAAGCACAGGUUUGGGGUGUGACGUGGAAUUGACCAAAAUCAUCUUCAGUGUAUAAAAGAGCACAGCUGGAGAGGCAUAGAAUUGUGGUCGCUUGAGCCAGUGGUGGAGUUGUGUUUACCACUGAGAGCCAGCACUGGCUACUAGUUCUUAUUUUAAUGAGAAGAAAUACAAACAGUAAAAAGACACGGAAGUGCUGCUGUUCUGAAUGUUUAAGAAUAGCUCAGGAAGAAAAAGAUGGCAUUUACAUUUUGAACAUUUCACUGGACAAAUGCUUUUUUUUUUUUUUAAAGAAAAAACAAACUGUGACUUAUUUCUGAGUGUAUCCUGAUAGCCUAUCUGCUUGUAUGUUAUGUAAACUAUUUUAGUAAUCAUUAAAAAUAAAUUUACUUGUUUUAUAAAA